CGCGUGCGCACUCGGGUUCCAUUUGCUGAUGCAAGACACUUAUGGUGAAGAGGCUCUGUUCCAUUUAGCUGUUUAUUGUCAUUAAGGCGCUUUUGAAGACUCUAGUUUGAAAAGCGACCAUGUCGGAAGACGAGAUCUUAUUUGACCCCACAACAACCAAGAAAAAGAAGAAGAAGAAGAAGCCUUUUAUGCUCGAUGAAGAAGGUGAUGGAGUCGGUGAGGAGACGCAGCAGGCUGAGCCUCGUGAGGUCGAGCCUGAAGCAGGAGAGGAGCGUGAGGUGGAACCUGAGGAAGAAGAAGGGAAGAAAAAAGAGAUCACAGAUGACUUGGACGAUUUAAAUUUCUUCAAUCAGAAGAAAAAGAAAAAGAAGCCCAAGAAAGUGUUUGAGAAUGACAUCGAAGAAGGCGUGAAGGAGCUGAAGAUUGAAGGUGAGCAGCCUGAAGUGAUGGAAGAUGAUGACUUGGACCUGGUGUUGCCAGCAAAGAAGAAGAAGCCCAAGAAGGUGGAUUUUGUCGAGGAAGGUGACACAGCUGAGAAGGAGGAUGCAGCUCUGGAGGACGACGAGGGUAAAAAUGCAGAUGGCAUCACCUUCAGCUCUCAGACUGGCCCAGCUUGGGCGGGCUCAGAGAGAGACUACACAUACGAUGAGCUGCUAAGUCGUGUCUUUAACAUCAUGAGGGAGAAGAAUCCCGACAUGGUGGCGGGAGAGAAGAGGAAGUUUGUCAUGAAACCCCCUCAAGUAGUGCGAGUGGGAACAAAAAAAACCUCCUUCGUCAACUUCACGGACAUCUGCAAACUGUUGCAUCGACAGCCAAAACAUCUCUUGGCUUUCUUACUGGCUGAAUUGGGAACAAGUGGUUCCAUAGAUGGAAAUAACCAGUUGGUGAUCAAAGGGCGAUUCCAGCAAAAACAAAUAGAGAACGUCUUGAGAAGAUAUAUCAAGGAAUAUGUGACCUGUCACACAUGCCGCUCUCCAGAGACCAUCCUGCAGAAAGACACUCGGCUGUACUUCCUGCAGUGUGAGACGUGUCACUCGCGCUGCUCUGUGGCUAGCAUUAAAACAGGCUUCCAGGCAGUCACGGGCAAGAGAGCACAACUCCGCGCCAAAGCCAACUAAUGUGGCGACCUCCACUCUUUCUGAUCCUCCUUUCCAUUACCAAACCCUGCGCUUCCCCAUAUGGCCACUUCGACUGCUCAGUGCUAGUUUUUUUCUGAGUCAUGGACUUUGAGUGAACUGGUGAAAAAGUUUAAAGUGGAUUUUUUUUUUUUCUCAUCUAAAAGAAAACAUUAAAGUAUAAUAAGCAGGAGGGCUGGACAGCUUAAGCCACUGGUUUAAUGAGUCACAUUGUCUCUCUUUCUCAGAAGGAUCACAGCUUUUGAUUUAAGAAAGUAGUGUGAGAAGCAGGGAAAAGGGGCCAGAGCAUUUCGACUUGUUUUAUUUGCACAUUGGUAGCAGAUUUUGUUCGACUGUUUUUGGUUUCUUUGCAGGAGUGGUGUAGGUGGACAUCUGGGCGAGUGACCCAUGCGCUGUCUGCUCCUGGGUUUUUUUUUUUUUAAAUAAACCAGAACCACAUCACAGAUCUUUAUGAUGACUGAUUUAGCUAGCUUGCUAUUAAGAGAGCUGUUAAUGACCUCUUUGUCAAGCAGGCUUCAUAUAGAUUUCAUUUAGUGAUUUGAUUGAAUUCAGCCUUGAGGAUUUGGAGAGCUCUGCUACCUCUGUGACAAAACCCUGCUGGGAGUCUCGGGCUCUGGCUGCUCACUGCUGUUCUUAGGAUUUUUUUUUUUUUUUUCCUUGUUUUGCUGAUUUAUCUCAAUUUGAUGAAGUGACCUCCACAUAUUAGUUUUAAACAUCUCUACAAAACAACAGAUCUGCACAAUAAUGAGAAAUACAGAGUUGUAUGGUUUUGUGUAGGUUGUUUCAAAAAUAUGGGGCAGGAGAUAUUACAGUGCAGUGUUUCAGAUGAAAGUAAAGAUGGGUGACGUUGUUUAAAACUGAUUUUUUAAUAAAAAUGUACUCUAUAAAAACAGUA